UACUACGCUUCCACGCUUCCACGCUUCCACGCUUCUACGCUUCCAGCUAUGGACAUAUUUCGUCGCGCCUGUAAUCUGCGCCGUCUUUUGCUCUCUUCGUCAUCUUAUUCUUUUCAACUUCGCCAACUUCACCGUCGGAUGUUUGUUAAACACCACGCAAUAUCAUUUCUAAGAUAUUAGCUGUGAUUCAUUAUCGGAAUAAGAAAUACAUAAUUCAAUUAUCUGGCUCGCAGUCAGAUCCUGAAUUGGUGAAGUCGCUGCGACAACUGUCGCAUUGUAUAAAGAUGGCUCCGCAGAACAUUAACCCUCCCGCUCUACCUCCUACGGUCGAAGAAGCCUAUCGACGUAAAUGUAUCCAACUGAAGGAGCGCACCAAAGAGAUCGAAGAUGAGACAAAGGCCUAUCAGCUGCGACUGAAUCGACUCCAGCGCCAAGUCCAAAAGCUACGUCUCGAGCGCGCAUUCCUCCUCGAGCAGGUCGCUAAGCGCACGAGCACCAACGUAGAGGAUUCUGAAGGCAGCCCCAGUCCUCCGCCGACUCCUAAGGAUAAGCCGCUCCGAACCAAGCGCGGGCAUAGAAAGCCGUCCUUGCUUCCCAUCUCCGAGCCGGGCGCCGGAGGACCUAGCGCCACUUUCAUCAAUCAGAACUUAGCGACGCUCUCGCCGAGCUCCGACGCCUAUUCACACUCUCAGCUCGACCACGGCCGUCUUAACGGUAUUGCUAAGCGACCAAAGCGGCCUAGCAACGCCUUCGAAAUCUACUGCAACGACACCCGACCCGUUCUUCAGGCCCAAAAUAAGGAAAAGAUUGCGGCUGGAGAGUUCCGUCUCGAAGAGGAGCUCGCACGCGGCUGGAAGGACUUAGCAGAAAAAGAAAAAGAGGAGUUCCAAGUCCGAUAUGAGCAGGAGCUGGCCCAGUACAAGGAGGCCGUCGAGGAGUAUAAGCGCGAAACCAAAAACGCUGCGCGUGAGCGCUCGCGCAACAGGGACAGAGACCACUUCGGCAGCAUCUCUAGCAGUAGACGUGGCGGUGGAGGUGGUCGUUCGGCCCGCUUCGAAGAGGUCCAGGAUGAAGAAGGAGACGACGACCAGGAUGUCGAGAUGGCAGAUCCCGGCGACCAUGAGCCUGCGGGCGAUCAGGAUACGGACCCAGAGACCGAGGUUGAUGAGAAUGACGGCGCGGUAGACGAUUAGGGCAGGUACGGCCUUAGACUCAGACCUCUGCCCUCCCACAGAGGGAGACAGUCCCAGGAAGAUAAUCCGAAUAUGAGCCGGCGGGGAAGAACGAGGUCCUCCUACCGCCAGGACCCUUAAAAUUUGGCGUUACGGUAAGGGACUUUGGCUUAGCUUUGGUUUCGAGUGUAGGAUUAGGAUUAGGAUCAGGUAUCAUGCUAGGCCUAGGAGCCAGGAAGUUAAGAUAAUAGCAUUAAUGAAUCAGAGAAAAAGAAGGUACCUAUAAUUUUCAUCUACGGGGACUUUGUAAGGAGUGGUUGGUGAAAUGUGUGAGCUUGUUUUUGUUUCGCUUUCGCGUUCGGGGAGUAGUAGUAAAAUGCAACAUAAACCUGGAAUUGUGACAUUAUUGCGUGGGUACUGGAUUCAAUAUAAGUUGUUUUGUUUA